AAAGGGUAAUUCCUCGUCAUAUAUAUAUAAACCCUAAACACAGAUUUCAGACCACGAUAAAAAUCUUAAACCCUAGCCCAAUUUUUCUCUCUUUAACCCGCCGAUUCUCACAGUAGAGAGAUAGAGAGAGAGAAAAGGGUUUUAGAUCAAUGGCGUUGUUUCUUCUAUACGAGUCAGCUUCUGGGUACGCAUUAUUGCACGCCCAUGGCCUCGAUGAAAUUGGGCAGAACACUGAGGCGGUUCGGAACUCCAUAACUGACCUGAACCGGUUCGGAAAGGUCGUCCAGCUCACUGCUUUUCACCCAUUCGAGUCUGCCCUCGAUGCUCUCAAUCAGUGUAACGCUGUGUCAGAAGGGCUAAUGACUGAUGAGUUGAGGAGCUUUUUGGAGCUUAAUCUCCCGAAAGUCAAGGCAGACAAGAAGCCAAAAUUCAAAUUAGGAUUAGUUGAUACUAAGAUUGGGUCACAUAUCCAUGAAGUGACUAAAAUUCCUUGUGAAAGUGGUGAUUUUGUUCAUGAGCUGCUUCGUGGUGUGCGACUACAUUUCAGUAAGUUCUUAAAGGACCUAAAGCCUGGAGACUUAGAAAAGGCCCAACUUGGUCUGGGGCACAGUUACAGCAGAGCCAAAGUCAAGUUCAAUGUUAACCGAGUUGACAAUAUGGUGAUUCAAGCAAUCUUCCUUCUUGAUACUCUUGAUAAGGAUGUCAACUCCUUUUCCAUGAGAGUCAGAGAAUGGUACUCGUGGCAUUUUCCUGAGUUGGUGAAGAUUGUCAAUGACAACUAUCUUUAUGCAAAAGCUGCAAAAUAUAUAGAGGAUAAGUCAAAGUUGACUGAAGACAAAAUCCCAGGCUUGACAGAUAUACUUGGAGAUGAGGAUAAGGCCAAGGAGAUUUUAGAAGCUGCCAAGGCUUCCAUGGGGCAGGAUUUGUCCCCAAUUGACUUGAUUAAUGUCCAGCAAUUUGCACAGAGGGUAAUGGACCUGUCCGAGUAUAGGAGGAAGCUUUAUGAUUAUCUAGUCACAAAAAUGAGUGAUAUUGCACCCAAUUUGGCCUCUUUAAUUGGUGAAGUAGUUGCUGCUCGCUUGAUUUCUCAUGCUGGUAGUCUUACAAAUUUGGCCAAGUGCCCUUCGUCUACCCUUCAGAUCCUUGGAGCAGAGAAGGCACUCUUCAGGGCAUUGAAAACCAAGGGAAACACACCCAAGUAUGGUCUGAUAUUCCAUUCAUCUUUUAUUGGUCGGGCAUCUGCAAAGAACAAAGGCCGAAUGGCUCGUUAUCUUGCAAACAAGUGUUCUAUUGCAUCACGAAUUGAUUGCUUUGCAGAGAAUGGAUCUACUGUUUUUGGGGAGAAACUUCGUGAACAAGUUGAGGAGCGACUUGACUUUUAUGACAAUGGAGUUGCACCUCGUAAAAAUAUUGAUGUGAUGAAAGCUGCAAUUGAAAUUAAUCAAAACAAAGACACAGAGAUGGAAACGGAAGAAGUUCCAACAGAAGCUUCAGGAAAGAAAAGCAAGAAAAAGAAAUCAAAAGCUGCAGCUGCAGAGAAUGGUGAGGCUAUGGACGAGGAUAAAGAAGCUUUGGAAGAUUCUAAAUCAGAAAAGAAGAAGAAAAAGGAGAAACGAAAGAUGGAGCAACAGGAUAAAGAUGUGAAGAACUCAGAUGAGCAGGACGGAACAGCUAAGAAGAAGAAAAAGAAGAGCAAGGCUGAAGAUGGAGAGGACCUGCAGUCUGCCAGUGAAAUUAAAAAGAAGAAGAAAAAGAAGUCAAAAAAUGAAGAUGAUGAGUGAAUCAGGGAUAAAAGUCCAGUGAGAUAUCUUUGUUAAAUUGUAGAAAUGGGUCACUUUCCUGUCUGAAUUAUGGAUUGAUAUUAGGCAUUUAAAAACUUUCCAGAUGCAGCACUCUAUUUUGAUCCAAUUUUGUGUUUGACAUCAGUAUCUUCUGUUUUUUGUUUUUAAGAUUUUAGUAUGGCACUAUGACUAUGGUAGGAAGUAGGAACCUAUUUAUAUCGAGUAAUCAAUUCAAAUUGAAGUAAUUCAUGGGUUCCUUUAACAUUGUUAUCA